AUGCCCAAGCGUGGCGCUAGGCAUGGCAACUCGAGUGCACCACCGGGGACCUCGCGGAACCCGUCUCCUGGCCGGAUUACUAAAAACAAUCUGGCCAAUAGUCAAAUCAAGCCUUCCACCGCGGCGACAGCGUUGGAAGGCAUUGACAAAACAAAGCUGCAUCCACACUAUCGCAGCCCGUACCAGCUACGUUUCGAGCCGCUGAGUGGUGACGAUGAGGACAAUGAAGACGACUGCAGCACCAGCAGUAGCGACGACGACGACGACCCUGCACGCGGGUCGAAGAAAGCAGAAACCAGCAAAACUGCGGCGAAGGAAAGAAGACCUCCGCCGAUAUUUGUCGUCGACACACUAGCCGAUCAUGUGGACGAGCUACUGGAGGGUCAAACCUACUGUUUGAAGAUCGGCAAGAAGAAUGUGCAAGUGAUCACGUUGUUAAGGGCGAAUUACGAUAAAGUGCUGAUGGUCCUCAAAACAAACAACGUGAAAUACUUCACUUUCGAUCCGGCUGAAACGGUGCCGGUUAAAAUAGUCCUGCAAGGGUACACGGACCGGCCAGUGGAGGACCUGGCUGGGCACCUUGCCGACGUAAACGUUCACCCCCGGGACAUCAAGGUGCUCUCAAGAACGACUACGGUCACGGGUACUCACGUGCUGUACCUACUCUACUUCGAUCGUGGUACCGUCAAGCUCCAGGAUCUCCGACGGAAAAAAACGUUGGACGGUUUCUGGGUGACUUGGAGGUAUUUCUCAAGGAAUUCGACAGACGCAGCCCAAUGCCACCGUUGCCAAAAAUUCGGCCACGGCUCGAGAAAUUACAACCUCCCGCCGCGCUGCGUCAAGUGCGGUGAAAUGCAUUUCACGGAGAAGUGCAAACUUCCCCAGAAAGCGAGGCUGAGUGAAAGCGACGCUCAGCAGCACCGGUCGCGUGUCAAGUGCGCGAACUGCGAUGGCAACCAUACAGCGAACUUCCGUGGCUGUGCCGCGCGUAAAGCAUAUCUCGAGGAGCAGGCUAAGAAGAAAAAGAAGCUUCCAGCGACCCAGCCGCCUCCAAGAUUAAGCCCAACCGUUCCUGUAGCUGGACAAGGCGCGGCAGAUCGGAUUACUCCAGCGAUUCCUCCCGGCUGGGGAGGUUCCUACGCAAGCGUGACCGCGGCGAGCGGUACAGUUCCGGAACAAGCAGCUGUGUCCGGAGAUGACCUAUUCACUCUGCCAGAGUUUUUCGCCCUCGCGGGAGAAAUGUUAACUCGUUUUCGUGCCUGCCGGAACAAGGCAGAACAGUUCAUGGCUCUGGGAGAGCUCAUGAUCAAAUACGUUUACAACGGAUAA